AUGAAAGAAGAGGAGGACAGAGCAGAGUCUCCUGGAUCCAGCUCUCUGUCUCCAGGGAGUGACAGGUCCAAAGGAUUACCUAAAUACUUCAACAAUAAACCUGGUUUCUCAGACACAAAGUAAGACAACAUGGUUACCAAGUUUAUUUAUUUAUCUGUCCAGCAUUUCUACUGAUAUGAAUCUGUUACACCAAAUAAAACAGUGAUUUGAAUUAAAAUAAUCUAAAUCACCCUCCUAUUAGUAUCUUUCGUAGUCUUUAGUUACAGUUCCUACAUAAUAUAUGAGUUACUUGAAAUGGACAAAGGCGUAUUUUAAAACUGCCUCAUUCAUCAGUAACUUUUUAAAGCCUUCAUAACAAAUAUUCAACAGAUGAUUUUUCAAGUAUUCAUUAGAUAGUAAAACAUGUUUGUCUUGGCAGAGAGACAGCAGAGUCUCCAGGACCCAGCUGUCUUUCUGUGAAGACUGACCGGUCUAAAGGACUACCUGAAUACUUCAAAAAGGAACCUGGACUUGAAGACACAAUGUAAGACAGCCUGAUUCAGUUUGUCUCAGUUUUUACACGAUAUUAAAUGAGUUUUGGUUUCUAGGAUGGCUGUCUAACAUCAAAACCUGGUUUGAUCAAGGACUAACUUCAAGAAUCAUCUAAGUCUGAUGAUUACUACUGUGUCCAUGUAUAUGGUCUGCUAUCAUGUGUAGCCUGUGAUGAGCACAGAGAUAAAGAAAUGUCUCCACAGGGGGAAGAAGAGGAGCCCUGUCUCUGUGAAGCAGCAGCUAUCCUGUUGUACUCUGUGUCAGGAUGUCCACAUGGAUCCAGUCUCUAGCAGCUGUGGACACUGGUUCUGCAGACAGUGCCUCACUCCAUACUGGGACCAGUCUGAUUCACCAGGGGGCUCCUCCUGUCCCCAGUGUGGAAAUAGAUCCAGAACAGGACCUGGACUUCAGACAGCCAGUAAGACGACCCCUGAACAAAGUAAGUCUGUCGACCUGUCUUUUUGACAUGUGAGCAUGUCUGAAAACACAACUGAAUUAACACAAGGGGCUCUAUUUUGGUGCCUCGCCGGAGAUCUGCCGCAAGCGCAGCGUCAAUCAGAUCCGCCGCGCUGACAAGGCGUUCCCAAGCACAUUUUGGUAUUUUGGUGAGCCGUGCAGCCCGGCGUAAGUAUCCCCCCUCCCUAACUCAGCUCCUCCCAGCAGCAUAAGUCGUAGACGGGGAGGAGAGAGGGCGUGUAGUAGAUUUAACACAGCCGAGACCUGUUUUCACCAAUCACAUAAGCUCCUCUCCUUGCCUUUAAACCCGCCACCGGCGAGGCGUAUUACUAUUUUCAUGAAGUAGUCAAAGAGAUCGAGAGAUGUCUGAAGACAGUUAUGCCACACGAUGGCGACAGAGGGCAGCUGCUCAACAAGUGUCCUCCACACUCUCUCAUCUGAGCACAGAUGGAUUUGGUGUAUGUAAUGUUGGACCCACUGGUAAGACAAACACCCUUUUCCACAAAUAAAGACACUCACAUAAAGUUGCAUAUAUUCAAACCUCACGUGACAAAGGUGGGUUUAGCGCACAGAUCACAACAUAAACUCCAAAAAUGGCAUUAAAAUCGGAACCAUCUGUGCGUAAAUGACGCAUCGCGCUCCGUGGCCUGGCUCUUUCUUUCAUAGAUGUUGGCAUAUAAAAUACAUUUGGCCCACAAAACUGAAUAUUAUAAUAUCCGUAUGUCGGCUUAAAGUAGAUAACGCAUCUGAGCACUGAAACAAAUCAUCUGUUCAGCCGCAGCAGCAAGCAAGACGGACAGAGGACACGGAGACGUGUCCAGGUCGAGCUGUGCGAGAAAUAAGAGGAAGAAAGAAAAGGAGGGAGACACAUUACAUAUCUUGUUAACUUCAUCAUGUGUGUUUAUUUACUAGAUAUUUAAUUUAAUUUGAUGCAGUUUCAGCUGUAUUGAUUCGGUCAGGUUGUGUGCCCAAACGCGUGCCAAACGCGUGCCAAACGCGUGCCAAACGCGUGCCAAACGCGCUCAUCAGAUCACAUAUAGAUCAGAAUAUAUCGAUAUAGAUCUAAAUGUAUGUGCUGACUCAGAUUAAUAGUUGUUGAUGAUUAUUUAUUGCACUGAAAUCUGCCUGACACUGUGGAAACCUGCCGAUGAGGCAUCAGUGACGUAUGUUGAUACGCCGCCGGUCUACCAAAAUACUACUAGACCAGCUGCGUUCCGCCUUGCGCUGAAAGCUGACCAGGUUUGAAUCGGCGAGCUUUCAGCGCACGUUACACGCCGGUGGCGAGCACGAAAAUGUCACUGAGCUGAUUCUGUCAACACCUCCCCCUGCUAUGCCAUCACGCCCAGCUUGGCGGAUCUCGGCUCGCCUCCGUGCGACUCAGUCCACGAAAAUACCAAACUCGCCUUACGCCCGGCUCCGCCAGACGAAAAUACAACUGCGCGGGGCUCGCUGCCCUCCGCCGCCUCACCGGCGCGAACGAAAAUAGAGCCCAAUGACUUUAUCAUGUCACAUAACACACAGAGAUUUUUAUGAUCAUCUUUAAAAUUCAGAACCCAGAUUUAAGUUCACUCUCUUUGUGUCAUCGCGAAUGACCCUGCUGUUUUUCAUUUGUCUGGUUUCUCCUUUCAAAAAAAACUGGCCAUAAUUAAAAUGGGUGAGUGUUUUAAGUAUUUAAUAAUAAAGUUAUGACAUAUGUUUUUGCUUUUUGCUCUUAACUGUAUAGAUGUUUAUAAUGUAGAGAUGUCACGGUCAUGGUCUCAACUAUUUGAUGGUAGCUGCUCUUAGGAUCUUUAAAUGAUCUUUGAUCGGUUGUUUGAGUUGAUCAUCUCACAUUUGAGCAGGAUGUAAAUACUCAAGUUAUUUAGGGUUUUCAUUCAUUUUAUCUGUAUUUUUACAUCUGCAUUCUUCCAGCUUACAUGAACUGAAAACUGAAUUCUCUGUUCACGUUUUGUAAUUCGCACUGAUUAAUAACUCUUUGUACAGCCGUUUUGGAAAUUUAGACUGAAAAUAAUCAUUGGAGUUUUACAUUUCUUUUUCAUUUUCUCACUCCUGCUUGUUUUUUUUAGAUCAAGGUGGCCUGCAGGAGGUUUUAAAUGAACACAAGAUCAGUCUGAGGAGGAGAUGUGAACGUGUGACUGAAGGAACUGAAGCAGGAAGUCAAACCCUCCUUAACAGGAUCUACACUGAGCUCUACAUUACAGAGGGACAAAGUGAAGAGGUGAAUACCCAACAUGAGGUGAGACAGCUGGAGACAGCCUCCAAGAAGAAGCCCCUCCAUGACACUGCGAUCAGGUGCCAGGACAUCUUUAAAGCCUUACCUGACCAACAGGAACACAUUGGAGUGGUUCUGACGAUCGGCGUUGCUGGGGUUGGAAAAACCUUCUCAGUGCAGAAGUUUACUCUGGACUGGGCAGAGGGCUUGGAGAACCAAGACAUCAGUCUGCUGGUUCUGCUGUCGUUCAGGGAGCUGAACUUGAUCAAAGAUAAGCGGUACAGUCUUCUCAAGCUGCUCCAUGAUUUUCAUCCAUGUAGCGAUUUUAAAUUCAAAAUAAAUGUCGAAAAUUAAUCAAAUUAAAUUAUGACAUUUAUGCACUCGUUGAAGGGGCACCACCCACCUUUCUGGUGGGAAAAAGGACGAAACAAAGUUCAAUUGAGUAAUUAAACGUUGGAUCAGUCUUACACAGAUUUAAAUCAGUCUCUCAUCUGAUUUAAAUCUGUGUAAGACUGAUCCAACGUUUAAUUACUCAAUUGAACUUUGUUUCGUCCUUUUUCCCACCAGAAAGGUGGGUGGUGCCCCUUCAACGAGUGCAUAAAUGUCAUAAUUUAAUUUGAUUAAUUUUCGACAUUUAUUUUGAAUUUAAAAUCGCUACAGUAUUUGGUGCCCCGUGUGAGGCAGAUAAAACAUAGUAUGGAUACAUUCCGAAACUCUUUACUUGAGUCUAAACGAGUUUCACGUUACUACUUCUAAACUACUAGCCUAUCUUGGGAAUACCAUUUACUAAGCUACGAGGUGUAUAACAAAAGGAAAGAAAUACACGUGAUUAGAUUCCUGCCAUUUGGCUCUGAUCAAACCAUAUUCAGGCAUCACCACUAGGAGGAGCUCUUGGUCCAUGGAAAACCUGGAAUAAAUUUGUGAAGUUAACAGUUUGGCUUGUGGAUAUGUUACAGAAUUGGAAAAAAGACCAUUUCAUUAAGAAUGUGGUGUACAGACAGAAAAUCCUGGUGAAGUGUCCAUUAAACAUGAAGUUAAACCAUUUUCAGUCAUCUUCUUCCUUCUGCUCUGUAAAGAAAGCCAAGGAAUUUAUGGCAGGCAUCUGGUUUUUCAGAUUUGGCGCCAACUGGCCUGUUUUCCCCCCUAGGUCAUUGGGUUAAUCCUGAAGUGUCAAUUCUGAUCUUUCCCAACCAGGGUGAGAGACUCCGUGUUUAUGGGUCUGUGUGGUUGAUAAGCAACUUGUCCUUUUUGGGAAGCGUUAAAGAUUCACUAUCACCUCCCAAAUGGUUGCCUGGGUCGUAAAUGGGAACUUGGUGUGCAAACCGUUACUCCCCCAUUUCCUGUCCAAACCAGAGGAGCCUGCAUUCCUUUGAGGGGUGAAUUCAAGGUGGAUAGCAGAAAGCAGUUGUCUCAUUACAUCCAUCACAACAGAAGAUCACAGCAGAGAUGCUCGCUGUCUGUAAACUUCUGUUCAUCUUUGAUGGUCUGGACGAAAGCAGACUGUCUCUGAAUUUUGACAACAAUCAGAAUGUUUCUGAUGUCACUCAGGAGACAUCUGUAAACGUGCUGUUAACAAACCUCAUCAAGGGGAAUCUGCUUCCCUCAGCUCUCAUCUGGGUAACUUCUCGACCUGCAGCAGCCAGUCAGAUCCCUCCUUCAUGUGUCGACAGGGUAACAGAAGUACGAGGCUUCACUGAUGCCCAGAAGGACGAGUACUUCAGGAAGAGGUUCAGUGAUGAGGAUCUGUCCAGAAGAAUAAUCUCACACAUCAAGUCCUCCAGGAGCCUCCACAUCAUGUGUGUGAUCCCAGUAUUCAGCUGGAUCACUGCUACAGUCCUGGAGCACAUGAUGAGCACAGAGCAGAGAGGAGAGCUGCCCAAGACCCUGACUGACAUGUACUCACACUUUCUGCUGGUUCAGACAAAGAGGAAGAAGCAGAAGUAUGAUGAAGGUCAGGAGAUGAGUCCUCGGGAGCUGACGGAGGCUGACAGAGAAGUUCUCCUGAAGCUGGGCAGACUGGCAUUUGAACAUCUGGAGAAAGGAAACAUCAUGUUCUACCAAGAAGACCUGGAGCAGUGUGGUCUGGAUGUCACAGAGGCCUCAGUGUACUCAGGAGUUUGUACAGAGAUCUUCAGAAGAGAGUGUGUGAUCUUCCAGAAAACAGUCUACUGCUUUGUUCAUCUGAGUGUUCAGGAGUUUCUGGCUGCAGUCUACAUGUUCUACUGUUACACUAACAGGAACACAACAGUGCUGGAGGAAUUUCUGGAGAUAGAACAGAAUGUUUUGACUCUUGAAGAGCUCCUGAAACAAGCAAUGCUAAGAUCACUGAAAAGUCCAAACGGUCACCUGGACCUGUUAGUUCGCUUUCUUUAUGGACUGUCUAUGGAGUCAAACCGCAGACUCUUAGGAGGUCUGCUGGGUCACACAGACAACACUCCAGAAAUGUUCCAAAGAGUCAUGUACAACCUGAAAGAGAUGACAGUUAGAGUCUCUCCAGUCAGAAGCAUCAACUUCUUACACUGUCUGUCAGAGAUGAUAGGCUGCUCCCUCCACCAGGACAUCCAAGAGUUCCUGAGGUCAGGGAACAGGUCAGACAGUUCACACUCUGUGAUCCACAGUGCUGCUCUGGCCUUCAUGGGGCAGAUGCCUGAGGAGGUUCUGGAUGAGUUAAAUCUGAAGACAUCCAUCACAACUCAGGUGGCUCAAGGGGGACUUAUACAGGCCGUGAGGAACUGCAGGAAGGCUGUGUGAGUCCUUCAGAAAUUAAUAUCAUGAAGUAGUUUAGUGUGAUAGUUUGAUAAUAAAUAUAAACUGUAGAUAAUCUUUGUCAUCCUUGAAAUAGUGUUCCACUCAUUUGUUUCAAAAUUAUACUUAUCAUUUUUUCUCAAAGCAUAUCAGGAAAUAUAAAGUCUGCUCUCAUUUAAUUUUAUGGCAGACUUUCUAGGUGGGGGCUCACAGAGACCCACUGUGAAGUUUUGGCCUCUGUUCUGAAGUUCAACCUCUCCAAUCUAAGAGAGCUGGAUAUGAGCUUCAAUGACCUGCAGGAUUCAGGAGUGAAGCGACUGUGCGCAGGACUGGAGAAUCCACACUGCAAGCUAGAAACUAUAAGGUUGGCUAAUUGACUGAAGUUCUUUCAUAUUUUUGGUUCUGUUUUCUUCAUGUCUUGCUGUGGUUUCUAAUCAAGACUUCAUGACUUUAUCUAAGUACAUAACUGAAAAAAAAUCUCAUUUUUGGGAUUAGGAAGUAUUGUUAUAUUGAGGGAGAGUAGAGAUAUGAUGAGUUUGAUUUGGAAGAUUUUUUAGCUGCCUAAGACUUACAUUGAGUUCAGUCAAUCAAUCAAUCAAUCAAUCAAUCAACUUUAUUUCUAAAGCACAUUUAAAAGAACCACAAGGGUAGCCAAAGUGCUGUACAAUGACACAUAAAAACAAAUAAAACAAUCAAAGAACAAGAUAAAGCGAGCAGAAAUACAUUAAUGCAAAAGAAUGAAUUUAUUUUAAAUGAAGGUUGACUGAUUAGGAUGUUUUAAUGUUAAUAUUGAACAUGACCACAUCUGAUUGGAUAAGAAAAGGAAUUUUGAUUUUGAACUGUGAUUUUUUUCAGAUUUAAUUACUGCAGUUUGUCAGAGAUCAGCUGUGCUUCUCUGGCCUCUGCUCUUAAGUCCAACCCCUCCUAUAUGAGAGAGCUGGAGCUGGGCAACAACAAGCUGCAGGAUUCAGGAGUGGAGCAUUUGUGUGGUUUUCUGGAGAGUCCAGACUGCAGACUGGAGGCAUUGAGGUCAGACUUUUUACUGAGAUUCUUAAAGUAAUUCAAAUAAAUCUUUGAAACACCAGAUUUUACACCAUACUCAUGCUGUACUUAAUUACUUAUUUAAAUCCUUAUAACUUAAUCAUUCCAGCUAUCAGACAGUAGCAGUUACAAUAAGAAUUUUCUUUCCAACAUUUUUAAGAAGCUUUUUGAAGCUCAGUGACUUUGUAUUUCAACUUGAAGAUUUGUUCUUUUGCCUUCACUUUUUCAAGAGAAAUGCCUCUACGUGUCUUUUCUUUGUACUAUACUGCUUUUCAUCCUGAGGUGUUUAAUCUUUGUUAAUUUGAUGAUCAAGAGAUGAGUCUGAAAUUGGUUUCGGUGGCUCAAUUCGUUUGGCCAAACAAAUUAAACUUGCAUAGAUAGAGCUGCUGAUGAGCCAAGCAGAGUUUAGGUUGAGAAGUCGCAGGCCAAGAGAGAUAGUUAUAAACUGCUUUUACCACCCUUUACUUUAUUGAAGUGAAUUUUGUGACCCAAGUAUGUUAUUCUGUGUCUGCGGCACUAGGUUUAACAAUUAUCUCCUCUGUUGCGUAAUGUGUGAUCAAGAUGGUUUCAUGUGAACUUUUAAUUUGGUCAGAAACAUCAACAUACAUUACCCUGUCCCAUCAUAUCUGGAUGUGUUUUGUAAAGGUUAGGCUUGUUUUCUCAACUCUGGCUUAAGUAAAACCCAGGAGAAUGAUUGACAUGUAAGAUCUAUCCAGAGCGGUCCACAGCUGGACUGGUCUGUGUCGCUGUCUGUGUCUGUGUCUGUGUUUCAACAUAUUUUCUUCUCCCCUUGGUCAUUAAUGUAUUCAAAGAGAACAGGGGUAUGUUGUCCAUGUUUUAUGGUAAUUUCACCUUGUGAAGAGCUCUUUUAAUUCAAAGAAGUCUAUAAUUAAGUUUAAGAGUGAACAGCGGAGUCGGGCACAGGGUUGCCAUAGUAAACUGACAGUUUCCAGUCUGGAAGCUGUCCAAAAACUGCAGGAGUGCAAAAAAUACAUAAAUAAAAUAACUAUAUAUUCAAUAUUAAAUUCUGUAAUGCUAUUUUAACUGCCAUAAAAUACACCAUAAAGAGGCUCUGACAUCCACAGCAAACAUAAAAUUACUCUUAUAAUGACAAACAGCAGCUUGCAACCAUCACAGCCUCCAAAUUUUUGGUAAGUUCCUGUCACCUUCUGGAAUAAAUUUUUCUCUCUACAUACUAAUAAAGAGUCAUCAAGUAGCUUUGCCAAAAUCUUCUGUACAUCUCUAAUUCUGAACAAGUCAGAAGUCUGACAAAGCUGAACAAAAUAAUAGCUGAGAAUUAAUUGCUUUUCAUGUCAAUGCUGCAACAAUAUAUCUGUAUCCCUCUUUGAAGAGGCACAAACACACUUGGAGCACACUUAGUGCUUAGACGGACUGCACCUUUACAGGUCUAUAAAGUAGCCUAUUUUAAAGAUUUUGAUAACCAUUAACAGAGACAAUAAUCAAUAAUUAUGAUUAUUGGAUUAUAAGUGUGUGUGUGAUGUCUUACCUCUGGAUGCAGACUAUGUUGUGGAUUGAACCUUGAACAUAAAGGGAAAUGCAGAUAAACAUCCAAACUUAACUCUAUUGAACUCGGUACAGUCUGGUGUGGCUCUCUUGUACAUGGAUGAGUCAAACCUCUCCAACAUCUGUCGUGGAGGUUGGAAUGUGGCUGAAGUCCACCCGUUCUAUGUAAGACCUGUGCACACAUCCAUUAGCGUGGAAAAGAGUGGUGAUUCAUGCCAUUUCUGGUAUCGUCUUUAAUUUAUGUUACUCAGGAAAAAAUGUCUUAGAAGCCCUGGUCUUAUCCUGCAGUAUAUCCCACAAGUCUGUUUUGGCUGUAUUUCUCCACUCCUUACAGACACAGAAAUUGACUUCACACUUGGUGAGCAACAAGACUUCUGUCACUCAGUGAUCCUUUUAGUCUUUUUAAUAGGCUCUAAUGUCAGUGUUGCAAUUCUUGCAGUGCGCUUUCGACUCGUCAUUUUAUAUUGACCACUUUGCUGGAUGAAUGCCUGUGAUAAAACAGGUAUGUUUUGAGUUUGAGUUGAGAAACAUUUGCGACCUUUUUCGUCAUUCGGUUCUAUUUAGGUCAUUUAUACACUGAUCCUCUGAUUAUUAUGUAUUUAUUUCAGUAAGGAAGCUCCCAGAUUCCUUUGCUGGCUCUUUUGUUUUAGCUUACCUCACUAAUUUUAUUUUUUUUAUAGAAAAGACAAAGCUGAGAUGAGAGUUGCCCAUCAUUGUGACUUGGUUGCGCUAAUAAAGUAAAGUUCUGUACAUCCAUAAUUUUUAAUGACGUAGGAGAUGAUUUCAUGGAGCACAUUACAUUCACACACUCAUUCAUGGAGAAUUAUAAAAACACACUGACAUAUGAGAGAUUUUUUUAGCCUUUUAUUGUUGGGUUCAGUCCCAUAUUAAAUCUUCAACUCUGAACAUGUUUAAACUAAAUGAUUUCUUAAGUGGCAUUAUUUCUUUUUUAAUGCAGAUUAAAAGACUGCAGUCUGUCAGAGAUAAGCUGUGCUUCUCUGGCCUCUUGUCUGAAGUCCCAACCCUCCCAUCUGAGAGAGCUGGAGCUAAGUCUAAACAAGCUGCAGGAUUCAGGAGUGAAGCAUUUGUGUGGCUUUCUGGAGAGUCCACACUGCAGACUGGAGGCAUUGAGGUCAGAUUCAAAUUUAACUUCAACACUAAAACUAAUCUGAUGUCAGAGCUCUGCUGACCUUUGACUGUGACUUCAAAGCCCUUGAAAACCCUGUAGCAAGAGUUCCCCACAACAAGGGGGGAAGACAAUUUGACCAAAUGUAUUUUAUAAAAUCAGUCAAAGGGGGUUAAGGGUGAUCACUCAACUUGUACGGUAACAGGUUCCUGUAGAAGAGCAUUCUUAUUGUCUACCCAAUAUCUUGAGUUGUCCCCUGAAUGACUCAAGGUUAAUCACACAUUCCUUUAUAUAUUCAUAACAUGUUUAGAUCUUAACCUCACACCUUUUGUGACAACUUUGUUUUACCUUGACAGAAUAUAAAACACUGAUUAAGUUUUAUCAUGUAUUUUAUCCAGAUUAAGUGACUGCAGUUUGUCAGAGAUCAGCUGUGCUUCUCUGGCCUCUGCUCUGAAGUUCAACCCCUCCCAUCUGAGAGAGCUGGACCUGAGUGACAACAAGCUGCAGGACUCAGGACUGAAGCAUUUGUGUGGUUUUCUUGAGAGUCCAGACUGCAGACUGGAGACUCUGAGGUUAGUUAAUCGACUGUUUUUACUGUUGGUAAAAUGAGUUUCAAAAUCAAAUUGAAGUUCAUUCACAAUCUUCUUUAGUUUUAAAUAAGAGUGGGUGGUGUCCUGGUUUUAGUAUUGUCUCUCAUUCACAUUCUGCCAAGAUUCUGUCUCAGUCAUCCCCAGUUCAAAUAAACUCUUCUUGGUUAUUAGAAAGACUGAAGGACAUUCAUGAAGGGAAUUUAGUAUGCUCAUCACUGAGAGUGGUGGCAGUAAAAAAAAAAAAAAGAGGGAUAAAAGAGUGAUUUGUAAGAGAUAACAGUGAAGAUAUAACCCUGGUCUACUACCUUUGCCACUCUGACACUUCAGUCUCCUUAGAGCAGAGCCAGGCAAAAAAGUGAAGGGGUGGUGACGAUUCAUGGGUUUACAUUUCUCUUCCAGUAUAACUUCUUUACACCACAACACAGUAGUAUAGUUUUUAUACAAAGCAAAAAAAAAAAUAAAUAAAAUACUGUGAUAUUAGUUUCUGGUCAUAAGUCUGUAGACCUGUUAAAGGUGGGGUAGGCACAAAUCUGUUAAAAAAGCAUCUUUUUUGUGGUGUAUAUAAAAAAAGCUUAUAAUACCAGUCAAUAGUUAUUAGUUAUUGAUGACAUUUGUUAAUAAAACUAUAUCGCUGUGUUCUCUUACGCAUGUGAAGUCAACGUUUUAAAAUUUCUGAGCGGCCCGCUCUUUCUGACUGUAAACAAAGCCAUUCUCCACCUCCCCAACCUGAUUGGUUAUAAGGUGGUUGCUGCUCCUUCGUGCUGAUUGGUUGUGAGGCAGAUGCUGCUCCCUUGUGUUGUGAGGCACGCUCCACCUCCUCGAAUAACAUGCACGAGCCCAAACAGAGUUAGUGUGCCACAAUAUCGGACAGUGGAAACCAACCAGAAAGUAUGGAAAAUUGUCUGAAUCCUCCUUUGACCAUGACUGCCAACACAAGCAAGAAAACGAAGCGAAUACCGAAGACUCUGGCGCAAUAACGGGUGCUUAAAAAGGAGGUAGACUAGACAAGAGCUAAAAAGCUAGGCCAACAUAAAAUGAUAGGGGACACUUCAGGAUCUUGUGGACCCUGUAACCUUUCUGCUGGACAGGUAAACUGCUUUGACAAAGUAAGCCAAGUGUCUGUAAAGACGUGUUUCUUGUCAAACGGGACCUGCUGCGUGUUGUAGCGCUGCUAAACUGUUUACCUCGGGUCCUGGAGUAUGUCACUUUAUCCUAGUUGUAGGAGUCUUGCAAACAUUGUGUUUGCUGGUAGUCUGUUGGCAUCUACAGUAGCACCAAUGCUUUUUACUUUCACAUUGACUGGGCCCCAUUUGUAAUUAUCUUAAGUGUUUAUCUGCAUUAUAUCUGAAUUUAAUUGAAACAAUACGAGCGAGCAGGAAGGUCUGUUUGUGGGCAGGGCUUGCUGGAGCAGAGAGGGAGGGGAGAGGAGGAGCUGAGGGGAAAACUGGUUGGGAGGGGUAGUGCUUACAUUUAAGAUUUCUCCCGAAAAUGGGCACUUCCUCAGAUCCUGCCUACCCAACCUUUAAGGAGCCCCAAGAACAAAGUAACAAAGUCAAAAUCUCUAUAACUUUUUUGUAAUCUUAAUCAUGCAUUUCUCUUUCAGACUGAGGUUCUGCAGUUUGUCAGAGGUCAGCUGUGCUUUUCUGGCCUCUGCUCUGAAAUCCAACCCCUCCUAUUUGAGAGAGCUGGACCUGAGAGGAAACAACAAGCUUCAGGAUCCAGGAGUGAAGCAUCUGUGUGGUUUUCUGGAGGGUCCAGACUGCAGACUGGAGACUCUGAGGUCAGACUCAAAUUUUACUUGGAUGCUAAGAUUAAUUUGGUGACUAAAGUUGUGUCAACAUUAAAUUGCAGAUAUAAUGCAGAUUUUUAUACAUAUACAUAUCUACUAUCGCCACACUUUACCAAAUGCAAUCAAAACUGUUAUUCAUUUUCUGUUUGGUAAUAUCAACCCAAUACACACAUUAUGUUAUUCAAGCAUUACAGUUCUAAUUAAAAGCACUCCGACCCUAAAGUCUGCAAACAGAGGUGUGUAAAAAUUGUUUUGAGGUUGAUACAUCACCUAAAAAAAGUCUUUGUAACCAACCAGCCACAUUAUAAUAAUUGAAAAUCUCACCAAGUAUAUAAACUUUGCCCUGACAGUCUCAUAUUAAAUCUUCUUCAAGUCUGAACAGAUUCUUUAACUAAAGGAUUUAUAAACUCACAUCAUUUCUUUUCCAUUCAGAUUAAGAGACUGCAGUCUGUCAGAGAACAGCUGUGCCUUUCUGGUCUCUGCUCUGAAGUCCAACCCCUCUUACCUCAGGGAGCUGGAGCUGAGUGACAACAAGCUGCAGGAUUCAGGAGUGAAGCUAUUGUGUGGUUUUCUGGACAGUCCAGACUGCAGACUGGAGAUUUUAAGGUCAGACACUGAUUUAACUACAGUCCUGAAACUAAUUCAGUGUGUAAAAGUCUGACUUUGAACUUUUUUUUUUUUAAAUCUCCAUCUGUGCUACAUAUUUGAUUCUCAUUGGUCAGAACAAGAGCUGAGCACAGUUAUACAAAAUAUUACUUGCAGGGAUCCAAUGCAAGUACAGAAGGUAUGGAUAUAAAUUUGAUCAAUUACUAGGUAACUAAAAGUAUGGACUACAAAAAAUAAAGUAUGGAAAAAUAUUAGUUUCCAGACUAUUACUACUGUUCUCAAACACUGUUUUCUAAUAGAAAAGUAGGGAUUUGCAAAACUAGCUUAAUUAUUCUAGAUCGUGUUUUAUGCCAGGCCAGGCACAGUUUGUGUGAUAGCAAACGUCUCAGAAAACAUAUUGCCCCUUUUACCUGAUUGACAAGUGGUAUGUCUAGUCCUUCCCAAUAUGGCAGGGAAGGAGCCUGAGCUGGUGCCCGAGGUGGAGAGGCUCUGGCUUGAUAUAGUCGGAUUCACCUUGACGCAUAGCGUGGGCUCUGGAAUCAGUCUUCUUGAGAGAAGUUGAACUCUUUUCAACUCUUGAGUUACCACUGGUGAGAGAUGCCGUGCAGGGGUGGCGAUACUUUUUCCCCCUUGGCUUGGUGCGUGUGUGUUGGGGUUUACCCCGGUGGACAAGAAGAUAGCCUCCCUCCGCCUUUGGAUGGGAAAACGUAUCCUGACUGUCAUUUGUGCUUAUACUUCAAACAGCAGCCCAGAGUAUCCACCCUUUUUGGAGUCCAGAGAAGGAGUGCUGGAGAGUGCUCCUUCAGGGGAUUCCCUUGCUCAGCUGGGGGACUUCAACAGCCAUGUUGGCAACGACAGUGAGACCUGGAAGGGUAUGGUUGUAAGGAAGAGCCCCCUGAUCUGAGCCCGAGUGGUGCUUUGUUACUGGACUUCUGAGCUUGUCACAGAUUGUUCAUAAUGAACACCAUGUUCAGUCAUAAUGCUGUCCACAUGAGCACUUGACACCAGGACACCCUGGGUGGCAGUUCGAUGAUUGACUUUGUGAUUGUGUCGUCAGACUUGUGGCCUCAUAUCUCAGACACAUGGAUAAGGAAAGAGAUAGAUCUGUCAACUGAUAACCACCAGGUGGUGAGUUGGCUCCGAUGGUGGGGGAGGAUGCUGGUCAGACCUGGCAUACCAAAACACAUUUUAAGGGUCUGUUGGGAACAUCUGGCAGAGUCUCCCAUUAGAGGGAGCUCCAACUUUUAUCUCUGAGAGGGCUUCAACCAUGUCCUGGAUUGGCAGACCAGGGUUGGUUUCCCCUUUUUAGAAGGUUGACUGGAGGGUGUGUUCCAACUAUAGAGGAUCACACUCCUCAGCCUUCCCCGGUAAGGUCUAAUUGGGGGUCCUGGAGAGCAGGGUCUGUCUGAUAGUGGGUGUGGCAUAAUGAGCCACUAAACCUUGUCCAUCUACCAAACCCAUAUCAAACAUGUCAUUUCUCCACUCAUGUCACUGUAUCCAUAACUCUGAGGGACACAUUAAAAUAUGUAAAUUUCUCCCAUGCCCAGUGCAUGUGCAGAAGUGGGAAGUUUUCAAGCCUGGAAAGGCCUCCAGAAAAGCAACUCAUUUGGUGGAAAGCAUAAUAAUAACUCCUUGCAUUCAAAUAGGGCUCUCAUAUCCUUGUCAACCAGACUGUAAUAAUGUCAGGUUAAGGUGUUUGGAGUCUGAUUUCAAACCAUCCUCAACUCUGUACAAAUUUAAAAACUGAAAUAUUUUUGAAUCUGUUUUUAAGAUUGUGGUGCUGCAGUCUGUCAGAGAUCAGCUGUGCCUCUCUGGUCUCUUCUCUGAAGUCUAACCCCUCCCAUCUGAGAGAGCUGCAGCUGAGCUUUAACAAGCUGCAGGAUUCAGGAGUGAAGCAUCUGUGUGGUUUUCUUAAGAGUCCAGACUGCAGACUGGAGGCUCUGAGGUCAGUUCAUUCACUUCCUGUUUUAACUUUUGAUUGGUCAUGUUCAUCUAUUCAAGUUUAAUUUCGUCAUACAUACCUGAGAUGCAUUGAAAUGUCCCUUUUUUGUCAUAUUUUUGUUCCGUGUUCAGAUUAUAGUCUGCAGUCAGUUAAAACUGUUCUGACUUAAAGACACUGUGAGGAGUUUUUUUUAUUUUGAACUAGUGGAGAAACAGACAAACUGAAACUGAUACCACUUUGCGAACUUCAUAUGUGAAAUACUCCACAACAAUGCUAAAAACUGCUAUUCUGACUGCUACACAUACUAACAGUGAGUUAUGAUCCACUUUUUAAAGACAACAGAAUGAGGUUCUUGUCUGGAAACACAACUUUCACAUUUACAGAGCAGGAGAAGAGGUGUCACUCUGUCCACAGGGGUGCUGGUAUCAACACAGACCACAAGUUCCUCCGAAGCUUUGAAGUAACUGCAUAAAAGAUAAGCUGUCCUUAAAUGAACUGACUGUCAUCAGAUUUCUUGUUUUAUCACUGAUGAUGUGCCCAAGUAUCACCGUGAGGUGUAUUUGCUCUAUCAUAUCUGGCUCCACCAGUGACCUCAAGGAAGGCUGGAUGACGUCCAUGAAAAGAGUGGUGACAACUGGAGGGACAGUGGACAGCCCAGAGAGACGGCAACCAGGGUAGAAAAGGCCAGCACCUUGACCUACAGCUCCCGUAAGGGGGCACCCAAAAGCUUGCUAUCAAGAAUGCUACAGGAAAAUACACUCAGGAAUGGCAGUCGACGCAACAGUCUUUGUUGUGCUUGCUGCAGAACCUGGUCAGACAGAGGAGGAGCCAGGUCCGGCAUCCCUCCACAGAACCUGGAACCUCCAAGCAACACGAAUCCCCCCACCAAGCAGGAAAUCGGAACAUCACAGGGUGAAGUGGCCUAUUGCUGAGAGCAAGAAGUGGACCAAGUUGGAUGAGGAUGUAGACAAACCCCUGGAAUUCAUUUUAUAGGGUGACGCUGACCAGAAACUCCAAACCAUGUGCUCCCUAAUAAUGAGCAUAGGAGCUGAACGUUUUGGAGAGAAACAGAGCAAGAAAUCGAGCAAGGCUCAAUCGGCAGGAAGUCAAGAUACGGCAGCUGAGGCAAGAACUAAAAUCCUUGAGAUGCCAGUUCAAGGCAGCCAAGGAAGAGAGGAGACCUGCUCUCUGGAACUCACUCAAAUCAUAAGAAAGAAGCUCAUCACAUUGAGAGGGCCGUAUGGCACCGAAGGAAGGGAAAGGAAAAGGCUCGGAAAGGAAGCGCUUCAUUUGCAACCCCUUCACUUUCACUAAGGGGCUACUGGGCCAGAAGCAAAGUGGCCACCUCGCUUGCCCUGUAGAAGAGAUUAACCAGCAUUUUAAGGCCACCUUCAGUGACACUUAAAGAGACCAAGAGCUUGGCCCUUGCAAGUUACUCGUGACACCUCCAGAAGCAGUGUCCCUAUUCAACAGCGAUAAGCCCACCCUGGCAGAGGUGAAGGAAGCUGUCAAAGCUGCAAGAUCUAGUUCGGUUCCCAGACCCAGUGGUGUACAAGGUUACAAGGUUUACAAGCAGUGUCCAUGGCUUCUCAAAUGUCAGACAUGGUUUUUACAUCGGAAUCAACCAAGCAAGUGGUGCUUCUGGAGUUGACUGUCCUCUGGGAGGACUGGGUAGACUAAGCAAAUGAGCACAAGAGGGCCAAAUACUCUGAGCUCCCCACAGAGUGCUGGAGCAAUGGCUGAAAAGCCCACUGUGAACCAAUCUAAAUCGAGUGCAGAGGUUUUGCAGGUCACUCACCACAGUGAGUGCUCAAACUCCUUGGCCCUAGAGGACUGCAGUUGAGAAAAGUCACCAAAAACAUCCUUGAGGCCGCAGAAAAGGCCUCCCGGUGGCUGUGGAUCUGUAGGGAGAUGUAUGGUGCUUCUUGGACACAGGCUGGGGUCUGAUCACCCCCAGCUGGGUUGCCCAGGUGAGGGUGUCUGAUGAUUAAAGAUCUGAAACACCCUACAAUCCCUGGUUUAUCACUGAUGAUGAUGAAGUAUCACUGUGAGGUGUAUUUGUUCUAUCUUUCUAAAUGAACUGCACCCAUAAUCAAAAGAGUCUCUGAACCAAUGUUUUCUCCAGUUUGAAUGUGUCUUAAUGAUGAACUUUCAGAGCAGGCGUAUGAAUAUUGUGCUGACAUUUGGAUGGUGUGAGACAGCUGAUUUUAUAAUGAUUCUCAUUAACAGAAUGACUGAAUCUCUGUAUUCAUAUCAUAGACUGUAUUUACUACGGACAACCUGGUUCCGCAUACCGCCUGUAUACGGAUUUGAGGCCAAAAAGCUCUCUGUAUUUCCGGGAUUUUUCUUCAUUUCCUGAAACCAGUGCUGUGCAGUAGCUUUGUGCGCAUUCGGCCGCGCAGUCGCAGAGAGUCACUGUGAUGACGCUCGGCUCAAACAGCAUAUCCCCCGGGUGAGCUACUCAAUCCCUGAACGCCCAUAGGCUGUAUCAGGUGUCAAUCAUAGCAAACAUGAACCCCCUAAUAACUUUUAAAAAUGGAGCUUCACAGAAAAAAGAGGACUUGAGCACAAACCAGUCUUACAAUAACGACAUGUCAACAUCGCAAGCAGGGGGGAUAAAAAUUUAUGUUCUGUGUUAUAAAUUUCUAAAGUUGGUCCACAGCCCCAUAAGCUUUGCUGGCGGAGGCGGGAUUUAUGACCUAUACUGCAGCCCAUCAACAGAGGGUACUGUUCUCGGAGUGGCUUCACCCCGCAAGGAGGCAGAUGGUGUCCAUUCUAUAUACAGUCUAUGAUUCAUAUCCAGAAAAACAACAUUGAUAAUAAAGUUUUAAUGAUCAGCUUUACACAAUUAAACACUAAUGUUUAAUUAAACUUUAAAUGUUUCAUUACUUUUUUAAAUGUUUUUUUUUUUUUUCAGAUUGAGUUACUGCAGUCUGUCAGAGAUCAGCUGUGCUUCUCUGGCCUCUGCUCUUAAGUCCAACCCCUCCCACCUGAGGGACUUGGAACUGGGUGGAAACAAUCUGCAGGAGUCAGAAGUGAAGCAGCUGUCUGAUCUUGUGGCGAGUCCGCUCUACAGACUGGAGUCUGUGAGGUCAGUAACUGUGUGUACAGUUGAUGCUGGAAUCAGCAGUGAUGUAACAGACAUAUUUUGUGUCACAGCAGACAUUUUUUUCUGUUGAAUUAGGCCACUGAAUUAGUCUGUGGCUGCCUCUGUCUGUGAAGUUGUGAGAGAAUGCUUUAGGAUUGGACAAAGCUGCGAGAGAGAGAGCUGACAGCUGAUCAGAAGUUAUUAUUAUUUUUUCAAAUUUCAAAGUUAUUAGAUUGGAAUCAGUCCUCCAGAGUCUGUUAUCACACCUGCAUCUUGAGGGUCAUUGGUCAUAGAAACAUAGUAUCUUGGAUUUGUGCUUGUGCAUGUAAACAUCCUAUCCUGAUUUCAGUAACUGGUUUUGCUACCAGGAGAACUCUGAGAGAACAUGUCAUUCUGUGACAUGUAUAUACCUUGUCCAGACUUGUUGUGCAGGCACGGGUCAGUAGAUUAAAAGAGAAGAGCAUAUAAACCACCUAUUAGUCUGCCAUUAGUCCGUCAGUCACCAAUACUACCACAAGCAGUGCUCUGAAAAAACAAACAAUAACACAAUCAGAAGCAGGGCCCCCCCCCCCCCCAUCUUUAAAACAUGUCUGAUUUACUUAAUAAUUAUUAAUGUGAUAGGCCUGAUGCUGUAUUCAGAGCAAGACUGCAUCUUAUGUUUCAACAUAUGAAAAGGAGAGACAAGGGGUAACAGCUGUGAUCUGUGAGCUUGUUGUCAUGCUUUCUGUCAAUGCUAGGAGUGGAGCAGACAUACCUCUGCUCUGUCUCUUACUGCAUGAACAGCUGGAUCUGUAGGAUGACUGUAGCUCUUGGUGCACUCCCUGAUACAUAAUCAGUACCUCCUCGUGCUGUAGGAGAACAACCUGGACUUGAGAGUUUAGUACUGCAGUUUUAAGGGUUCUUUGCAGUCUUGGGUGUAAACAUUGAUUUUUGACCACAGUCAUGUAUCCUAUUUUCAGCUGGAAGUUGUGAUCUCUGUCAGUCCUGAUGACCCAUAAAGGUUGAAGCAGCAGCAGUCUGUGUGUGGAGAGGCUCUGACUGAACUUUGUUACUGGGAGAAGAGGAAGAGGAAGAGGAGUAGAGCUUCAUCCAGCAGUAACUCCAGCAGUGAGGAAUAACUCAGUGUUGUGAAAGCUCAUGUUUUUUUUGUUUUUGUUUUUUUUUGUUUGGCUGCACCUAAUUAUGCUAGCAGAGUCUCCUCUGGGGUGUCUUGUCCUGGUUUUGCUGUCUUGUCAUUUUCAUGUUUUAUUUUGAAAAAUAACUCCCCUCUCGUUUCAGGUCACUUGCCCUUCCUCUUGUGUUUCCGGUCUGACGUCUCCCCAGAUCCCUGAUUGUUUCCACCUGUUCCCCAUUAACCUCAUGUGUCUUAUAGUCGGCGUCUCCCUUUGUCCUGUGCCAGAGUGUCUCAUUUAGUCGUUUUCCUCCGGCCUUCAUUUCCACAGCCUUGCCCGAUAACCACGUUUGUAUUUUGGAAAAUCCUUGUUUCCGCUUUAGAAGAGUGAUUUUCUGUUGUAGUUUUUCCAGUUGAGUUUCUAGAUCUAGCAUUUGUUUCAUGCCUUGCUGUUUUUUUUUUUCCUCCCUUUUGGAGUGACUUUGUUUUCUUACCAUUUUUCUAGCCUAGUAGUGCAGUGUAGUUAAGUUUGUAGCCUUUUUUGUUUCCCUCCUUUUGGAGUGUUUUUUGUUUAUAAAUUUUCAUAGUUAUUCCUCUGAAGAUGAGAGAAGAUCAGCCUAUUAAUUUGUCCUCCCUUUUGGAGUGAAUUUUUGUUCUGUCUUGGUUUAUUUUGUUUUUGUGUUUUGUCUGUUCUCUAUUAAUAGAGAGAUAGAAGGUUUUCAUAGCCUAUUUGUUUGUCACUCUAUCUACUGAGAAAGAAGACAAUUUUUCAAAAUAAAGCGUUUUUUUGAUCUUUGAACCUCUGCGUCUGAGUCCUCCCUUAAUCCCAGGCCUGACAAAUGAUAUGGGUGUAGUGGUUUCCACACCCUCUAAAAUGAAAGGUCAAUGAGGGUGCUGAUAGCCUCACGAUUGAAAAGCUUUACGCAUUGAGGUUACAGCCCCCGUCACAGCAGUUGCUGAUUUAACGAUCUGACCCUUUACGGUGACUCUCAGAGAUGGUUCACUGUUGCCUCAGUGAAAUAGGCUCACAGUCCUGUUCAGCAGGUAGCUGUGAGAUCAGCUCCACUCUCAAACACAGUGGCCCUGUUUACAUGGGUCCAAAAAUCCUAUUUACAAUCAGAUUGAGAGGUCAAUCAGAUUCAAAAUGUCUCAUAUAAACACCUUAGCCAAUCUGAUUCACCUGGAUCUGAUUGUAUUUUGGGUCAGAUUGUAAGAGGUAGUCUACACCGAUUGAUAAUCCGCUCCAUGCUCCAUAUAUACGGCUGAGUGGAGCGGAUUGGGUUUACAGAGAGGCUUGUUCGGUCUGUGCAGGCACUCGGUAGUACGUAUGAGGCAUGUAGUAACGUACGCAGAGCACGCCCAAAC